AUGAAACAAUUAACUUCACUUAAUAUUAAUUAUAAUAAUAUUGGUGAUGAAGGUGUAAAAUUAAUAAGUGAAAUGAAACAAUUAACUUCACUUGAUAUUAAUUAUAAUAAUAUUGGUGUUGAAGGUGCCAAAUAUAUUAGUGAAAUGAAACAAUUAACUUCACUUGAUAUUAGUGAUAAUAAUAUUGGUGUUGAAGGUGUAAAAUUAAUAAGUGAAAUGAAACAAUUAACUUCACUUAAUAUACGUAUAAAUGAGAUUGGUGUUGAAGGUGCCAAAUAUAUUAGUGAAAUGAAACAAUUAACUUCACUUGAUAUUAAUUGUAAUAAUAUUGGUGUUGAAGGUGCCAAAUAUAUUAGUGAAAUGAAACAAUUAACUUCACUUGAUAUUAGUUGGAAUAAUAUCGGUGUUGAAGGCGCCAAAUUAAUAAGUGAAAUGAAACAAUUAACUUCACUUAAUAUACGUAGAAAUGAGAUUGGUGAUGAAGGCGCCAAAUAUAUAAGUGAAAUGAAACAAUUAACUUCACUUAAUAUUAGUGAUAAUAAUAUUGGUGUUGAAGGUGCCAAAUUAAUAAGUGAAAUGAAACAAUUAACUUCACUUAAUAUUAAUUGGAAUGAGAUUGGUGAUGAAGGCGCCAAAUAUAUUAGUGAAAUGAAACAAUUAACUUCACUUAAUAUUAGUUGGAAUAAGAUUGGUGAUGAAGGCGCCAAAUAUAUUAGUGAAAUGAAACAAUUAACUUCACUUGAUAUUAAUUGGAAUAAGAUUGGUGUUGAAGGUGCAAAAUUAAUAAGUGAAAUGAAACAAUUAACUUCACUUAAUAUUAAUGAUAAUAAUAUUGGUGUUGAAGGCGCAAAAUACCUUAGUGAAAUGAAAAGGAAAACAAUUUAUUGA